GAAUACAGUGAAGAGCUCUGAUGGAACUAAGCCAUUUCACGGUAUGCUGGAAUUUCCAGGAGUUCUCCCAACAAAAGUUCCAGGUGCUACUUUUUUUAGUUCUGCUGCCAGAUCCAUUAGCAAUCCUGAUACUGACUGUAGGAGACAGGCACUAGCUAUCCCUUAUUCAUCCACUCCAAGGCAUUUAUCAGGUAAAAGAAGCCCACAUUUCUGUGCCAAAAUGUCAGUAUUGCCUAGAAGUUUCAGUUCCUUACAACCUCUGGAGGACACUGGUUUUGAACCGCAGGAACUGAAAAGUUCAAGAAGUGUUUCAGCUACUGGGGCCUGUCCAUCAUAUGAAAUGCCUGUUCCUUGGCAUCAGAACAAUCUGACUGACUAUGAAGAAAGUCCCAAACUGGGCAUGCAGAAACUAACACCCACAAGAAGCUGCUCUAUAGCGGGGCAAAUGAGAAGAAUGUCCUCCUUCCAGGCUGAUUACUGGGCAUGUGCAAUACCUGAUUCUCUACCGCCAUCACCAGAUCGUCAGUCCCCGCUUUGGAAUCCUAAUAAAGAAUAUGAGGACUUGCUUGAUUAUACUUACCCUUUACGGCCCAAAUACAAGCUUGCCAAAAAUCUCAAAGAUUCCACUGUCCAUGAUUCUGGAAUUGAUCUUGAUAGCCUCUCCAUUUCCCCUGAGAGUACCUUGAAGUCUAUGAGUAUGUGGGACCAAGAACGCCAAACCAGGGAGAGCCCUACCGCACAGAGACUUUCAAGUCCUUUCUUGAAAAAGCUGGAAUGCUCAGUUCCAGUUUCUCACUACAGAAUAUCACCGAUUGGGAAAAGGUCCCUGGCAGAUGGCGAAAUUGGCAUUUCUGGAGGGAUGUCACCUAGUUUAUCUCCUAGAUGCCUUGAGCCACCCAAUUCCCCUUUUGUAACUGAGCAAGGAUGCCACAAAAAUAGACAUGAGUGUCUUUUGAGGAGAAAAGCUGCUAGUGGAAACUUUGUGCGCUCUACAAGUAUAUUGGCCUUACAGAAAGAAUGUGCCAGUGAUGAUGAAUAUCUGUCCUUGCCACCAAGACUCAAGGAGUUAGAGACGUUGGCACAGCAACUAACUGAUCUUACACUGACUAUAAAGAAACCUGAACAUGGCCAGGAACAAGAUGGCUUCGCCUGCAUCAGUGUGAAUGGGCAGCAGCUUCUGCCAGAGAUUCAAGGAGAUAGUGAUGGCAAUGAGAGCCAGUGGGAAUUGUAUUCUGACUCUUUCCAUACGUGCAGUUUCCAAGAACCUGAUGAAAUAGACAUUCUAAGGGAUCGAACCAGCAAGGACCAUGAAAAUGAGCCAAGGGAAACUGCUGGCACUGAUUUUCUUGAAAUGAGAUGCCCAGAGUUCUUUUCUAUCAAGGAAGAAAAGAAGGACCAUUACUCUCUUGCGCAGUGUAUUAAGAUGUUUUGCUAUCAGUUGGAAGAGCUCAUUCGCUGGCUACAUAAAAUGGCAGAAGUUAUAGAUCACUGGGCUCCUCCCAGGCCAGACAUUGAAAGUGUUAAAGCAUCAUUUCAAAACUACCUGGAAUUCAAAAAAGAUUUAGCUGAGCACCAAGCAUUGACUGAAAGUGUGAUGCAUGAUGGGGAAAAACUUCUUAAAUGCAUGUCAACAAAUUCACCAGUUUUACAGAAAACUCUUGGCUUGAUUGCAAAACAUUCGGAUGUGCUUAAAAGCCAUGCUGAACGAUUGUAUGAAUCUAUUUUAGCAGCAAUAUAUACUCUUGAUGACGGCUUGAGGAAGCAUUGCGAUAUUCAAGAAACUGCGGUCCACAAAGAUACAUCUGAAUAAAACUUCUGUUGAUGUGGACGAAUGAAAUAACUACAUCCAUAAAUAAUAUGAUGAGGCUCCCUAUUCAAGAACUUUUCCUUCAAAAUUUUGAUGUGCUACAAUGACAUCAAACUUGGUUUCCAAGUUCAGAAGGUACAACAAUGGGCUUUGUAUCUGGCAACAAAGUGUUGAAGAACAGUGUGGAAGGGAAACUUCUGAUGUUGGAGGUUUAAUAAUGCAUUUCUAAUUUGAAUAUUUAUUUGCCAGGGCUCUGCAUUCUUCAGAAAUUAUUCAGAAGUGUUUAUGUGAGACACAAAUUCCAUUGAGCCUCAAAAAAAAGCUGCAGUUGGUUUGAAAGUCAGCUCACGAAUGGACUUCUUAAAGUGGCAGCACUUCAUUUUCAGAUUUAUGUUGCUGCCUGAAACAAAAUAGAGGCUGCUAUAUAAAACAGCCGAAAUACUUUUUUAUGGGAGAUCCAAAGUGCUUCAAAAUAAUAAUCAAAAAAUGUAUAGCCCUAUUAUUUGUUUUGUAUUUUUUUCAAUUAAUAAUUGUAAGUCUUCAGUUUAUCUCAUGUGACAAAUUAUAUGGAAGCUACAUUUCAAAUAAAGCAACUUUAUUAUUUUAAAACAUGCACUGGAGGUAAAUGAUUUCAGUAACAGUUAAAUAAUAGUCCAUUAAAGCUGCAAUUACAUGACUUCUAUGGUAUUUGUGCAACAUUCAUGCUAAAGAAGUUAUAAUUUUUUUUUGAAAGCUUCAGGCACUGUUCACCUUUACUUACCAAUCACUAGAUUGUAAUAGAACUUUUCUGUGUCAUUGAUAGAUACCUUAGUUAUAAAUUCUUGGAUGAAGGGUGGUUCUGUUUUUAUAAUAAAAUACACGAGACUCAGUUUGUAACAGAAAACUUGUUUAAUAGUGUAGCAUGAAUAGACUUCCAUAUACCUUCUUUUGCUGCCUCCAUAAGCUUUGUAGUUAGGGAUACUAGCUCCUGACUGCCCUUAAUCCUGAAUCCAUAUUAGAGCUUAAAAAAGAAUUCUGUGCAUUCAGAGAUAAACUCUUCCUGUUCUUUAUGAUUGGCUAAUAAUAAGAGUGCUCACCAUGUUAAUAAUCAAAUUCCAACUUUUGAAACUGCAAUUUCCAAGCUGUAUGAAGAGCAAUUGAUAAGACUAAAGAUAAUGUCUCCUUUCUAAGCUGUUCAACUUUCCUUCCCACUGGAAACAAGAAGAAAUGAAGUUUCUUUUAAGGGGUAGGUGAAAAAUUAUUUAUUAAAUUUGCUUGCCACCCAUCUCACGACAAAGUGACUACAUAGUAUCAGAUUUCUUAGCCUUGUUCAUACAGGUAAACCUGACCGAAGGUUUACUAAAUUAAUGCAGUAGCCUGAGUUUGCAUGCAUACUGAUUCACAUUUUAGCCUGGCGUGAUGUGCAAAUAGCCUAUUAGAUACCUUUGUAUGUUCUUAAGUGCUUCUUAGAUACAUAGGGUUAUGAAAACACACCUCACAUGCGAAUAAGUCUGACUUUAGACAUUUUAAAAAUAUACUGGUAUAUCUGUUUUUGGAUUUAUAUUUGUUUCCUUCUUCUGAAUAACAGCGUUUAGCUGUAAUAGUUGGAAAGAGGCUCUAGAAGACCAAAACAAUGGAAUCUGGGUGUGCCCUCAAGUAUUGAAGUCUUAGUUUGCUCACAUUAGGGCCAAGAGGUCAUGAAAACUUUUCACAAAACACGAAAACGUAGAAGUCAAAUAUUUUCAGACAUUUACAAAUCAGAUGUACUCUUUCCCAAAUCUGUUGCCUUUUGUAGGCUUCCCAGAUUUAAAAAACAUACAACUAGAACUGACGCAUAAAUUGAAAAAAAAGUAUAGUCACUUUGUUCAGAAUAUGUUAACAAACUACUGUUUUAAAAAAAACAUGGAUAUAGUCUAGCAAACAAAUGUAUUGAAAUAGUAUACUAAGUCGGUAGAAUAUUCUAAGGUCAGAACAAUACACUUUAUUUUAAAAAAAAGUGUGCUCAGUUAAUAGCAUUUAGAGUUUAUUAUUUUCAAGAGCUUCAGCACUUUCAACAUGACCCCAAAUCAUCAUUUAAAUAUUGUAAUCGAUUUUCUUCUAUGUAACAUUUCUUUAUGAAUUUACAAUACUAAAAGCACAUUAUGAAUCAACUGAUUAAACAUUUCUCAUUCUGAAGUACACUUUAUUGUUGAAGUUAAAGAGCAAAUUCAAAAGUUCAAUAAUUUCAAUCUUCUAACAGUACUAUGAAGAAUUAAGGUAUUGUGUGUUCCAGUUGCAG